AUGGCUGAUUGGUCGGGUCUUCAUCAAGACCUUGUUAUCUGUAUUGCCAAACAGAUAGUCUUCUUGAAAGAUUUCCAUGCUUUUGGUGCAGUUUGUAAACCAUGGAGAUCCGCCGCCACCAAAGAUAACUUCACAGGUCCAUCUCCUCUCCUUAUGGUCUCAGGGUGGGACGAAAGUAGUACUGAAGCCAAUAUCCGCAAACUUGUCCACUUAAAAGGUCGGCCAGAGAUAUAUAUGAAUUAUAAGAAGCAGCGUUGUUGUUAUUAUUCUUCCCUAGGAUGGUUGAUGAGUAUAUCUGAAGAUUUCAAGGUUAGUUUGUUGAACCCUUUUGAUCACCAUGCCCGAAUCAAGCUGCCGGAUAUUAACAUGCUUAAAGCUAGUGUUGGAGAGGUAAAGUUGCCGCGGUUUCUUCACUAUGACCGUAUGAUUAGCAAGUUUGUCUUAUCAUCGUGCCCCUUCUCAUCAUCGGAUUGGAUUGUCGUGGUAAGUUAUGAGAUGGUCAUCGGCAAUGGUUGGGGAUUUUGCAGAUUAGGAGAUGAUAAAUGGACGCACGUAUCCUGGUACCUAUUAAUGGAUUUAGCUUACUACAAUGGGCAGCUUUACGCGGUGGACAUCGAAGGCAACAUCUUGAUUUGUGAUAUCCAAGACCUUGAGCAACCAAAAACGAGCAUUCUUCUAUCAAAGGGGAUACCAAUGGAACCUAUAUACGGGGGUAGUCGUCAAAGAAUCUACAUAGUAGAAUCAGCAGGAGUCUUGUUGGUGGUUUUGCACACCUUUGCAAAGAGUUCAUCAAUUAAAACCAUUAAGUUAAGGGUAUUCGAAGUGCCGUUUGAUAAAACUGAAGAGUGGGAGUGGUCGAAUUUGGAGGUUAAGAACUUGGGGAAUAAAACUCUCUUUUUGGGAUGUAAAAAUUCUUCAUACUCUAUUGAAGCCUCGGAGUAUUACUUUGGAUGCAAACCCAAUUGCAUAUACUUCACCAUUGAAUGGCUUGACUGGGUGUUGCUCAACUCUCUUCCUGAAAUAAACGUGGAUGAUGUUAAUAUGGAAUACGAAAAGGCGGAGCUACUUUUAAACGGGAACGCGAGUGUUUUUAUUUUUAAUAUGGAAGAUGAGAAGGUGGAGCAACUUUUAGCACCUACGGAUUUAGGUUUAGGGGAAGGAGAAACUCUAUGGUUACAACCACAGCCACCAAGCUUGUAG